AUGGCGGGGUUCUUCCAGAAACUUAAGGGUGCCGGCACUGGCAAAGAAAAGGAUGAUCCCGCGCUGGACUUGACCCCGGUGGAAAGGCUUCUCCAGAAUGCCGGAGCAAUUAGGCCAGAUGGAAUUUGGAAACACAUGGUAUGCCCAGGUUGGGAGACGGGAUUCUGCAGACAACGACUAACCCUCCAGUUCAACAGCUACUGCAACUCAAUACUACAGGCACUCUACUAUUCCGAGCCUUUUCGAGAAAAUGUCCUCAACUAUCCUUCACUCCCCCCAAACAACGGCCUCAACGGCGCAUCCAAGAAGGUUAACGUGACAAUACGAGAACCGGUACAGCCUAAUCCAAAAGACCCAAAGGGUAAAGCACUCUCGGCGCAAGCAAAACAGCGCCAGGUGUUGGGAGGCGGGCAGCUUGCGCCCGGUGGCGUCACACCUGUGCGUCCCGAGGACAGGCCGGAUGCGCCCGAGUAUAAGAAGAAGCAGGCCAUGAUCAAGGGUCCAGUGCUGGAGCUUGCGCAGGAGAACCCGGAUACAUACGGCAUGCAGGAAUGCACAUUCACCGGCCUCAAGGAUAUAUUCACGGCCCUUAUCGAGAGCCAGUCCCGUACCGGUGUUUUAAGCCCCCAGCGGUUUCUGGAAAUUUUCAAGCGGGACAAUGAGAUGUUCCGAAACUCUAUGCACCAGGACGCCCACGAAUUUUAUGGCCUAAUCCUGAAUGAUGUUAUCGCCAACGUCGAGGCAAACGCUAAGCGCAUGCUGGUGGAGCAAGCAGAAGGGAGCGGCAAAGACGGCCCACUAUCCUCACCAGACACCGCAUCAGUACACAACAGCAACGCAAUCGAUUCAAGAACUCCAGCGGCCGGGUGGGUGCACGACAUAUUUGAAGGCGUUUUGACAUCCGAGACCAGAUGCUUAACCUGCGAGGCAGCCUCGCAACGAGACGAGACAUUCCUGGAUCUAUCGAUUGAUCUCGAGGAACACUCAUCAGUAACGUCAUGCCUACAGAAGUUCUCCGCUGAGGAAAUGCUGUGUGAACGUAACAAGUUCCACUGUGACCAUUGUGGUGGCUUGCAAGAGGCUGAGAAGCGGAUGAAGGUCAAGAAGUUACCAAAGGUGCUGGCAUUGCAUCUGAAAAGAUUCAAGUAUACAGAGGACUACAGCCGGUUACAGAAGCUCUUCCACCGGAUAGUAUACCCUUAUCAUAUCCGUAUGUUCAACACUACAGACGACGCCGAAGACCAGGAUCGGCUGUAUGAGUUAUACGCGGUUGUUAUCCACAUCGGCGGUAAUGCUUAUCACGGUCACUAUGUGUCGGUUAUCAAAACCAAGGAUCGGGGUUGGCUUCUGUUUGAUGACGAAAUGGUUGAACCGGUGGACAAGCACUUUGUCAAGAACUUUUUCGGCGACAAACCAGGAAUGGCAUGUGCCUAUGUAUUGUUUUACCAAGAGACCACGUGGGAGAAGGUACGGGAAGAGAUGGAUGCCGAAGGGUUGGAUCAAGUGCGGGAAGCAAGUGAAACGGCAGAUCUCGCAGCAACCACAAUGACGGCCGAACAGACCAACGGCACACACCCGCCACCACUGACGAGACUGAGCACCCAACCGUUACCAACUCUGGAGGAAAACGAGACGCUGGCCACGUUGGAGCAGACAAAGUCGGCACCGCUCGACAGUAUAAGCCCAGUGUCUGUACUGGCCUCGCCAGUAAAACAACCAGCCGGACCAGAAGGCUAUGGCCACCCCUUAGUCGCCGCCCCACCACCGGGAUCAGCAGUCAUGACCAAAGCCGACGAGGCAGCAACCGUACCGGCCAAGUCAAAGGAGGAAAUCAAAAAGGAGCAAAAGAUGCAAGAAAAGGCUGAGAAGGCCCGGAAAGCAGCUGAAAAAGCAGCCGAAAAGGAGGCAGCUAAACUCGCCGCCAAGGAGAGACUGCUCGACAAAUCCCGCGAUUCUACAACAGAAGACGAGGAAGAAAAGCGCCGGAAGAAGGACGCCACAACAACCGGGUCUGACUCAUUUGCUGCUGUGGACAGCGCCUCUGUUGAGAAAGACAGCAACAACAAGUUCACCCCAGCGGGGUUCUUUAACCGGGCAGGUCGGAACAGCAAGACGAUGACACGGAAGAGUCUUGCGUUUCUCAAGAGUGGGGACAAGGACAAGGAGAAGGACAAGAACAAUGCCGAUAAAGCGGAUAGGAGUGACAGGAGCGACAAGACGGAGAGCAGGGCUAGUACUGCUGCUGGGGAGUCGUCGAGUAAUGGUGGCCAUGAUGCUGUGCUGCCUCCUGUACCGGCUUUGCCUCAUCUGAAUGGUGUUAGGAGCAAUGGGACUGCGGGACAAAACGGGCAUUCUUCCUCUUCUUCUCCUGGGGUUGGGCCCUCACGGUCGGACACGGCGCCGCCCGAGUUGUUUGUGGGGAGUCCAACGAAGGACAGGGACGGUCACAAACCGGCUUUGAUGGAGAGGUUUACGUUUGGGUUGGGGAAGAAGAAGAGCGGGAAGUUUUUGGGGUUGUCUUAG